CCUCCCUCUCCCCCGUCUAUAUUCGUUUCGGCAGCGGAUUGGAAUUUGGAUCGAGGAUUCGAGGCCGACCGCACGAAGGUGCCGCCGCCGCAUCUUCCACUCCUCCGCCGCCCCCUGGUCGCCGGCAAGAUCCAACGUGCUUCAUCUAGUCCUCGAUAUGAAGGACACUGGACUUCCUAAAAAAGGACCCAAGGCACCUGGUGAUAAUGGCAAAGGACCAUCUAGGCAGUCUGAUGGUAAUGACCAAGAAGCAAAGAUGACACUUGGACCAUCUGAUUGUUAUGAAAACCACGGGAAUGGUCAUGAUGGUGGACCAGACAACGAGCAGAAUGAUGAUGACAGCAGCCCCGGACCAAGUGUCGUUAGCAAAAUAACUGCUAGUUUCAUGUUAGGGUUGACCAUCGCCAAGAGAUGCGUGCAACCUUUGAUCAAUCAUCCUUUUGUUCCUCUUUUUGGACCUCGUUUGGGUGAGGUACCACAACUGGCCAGUGGGGGUGAAACUAGUUGCGUUGGUUUGGUCGACGAACAUCCUCCGAUUCCUUUACUUGGAGCUGGUUUGGGCGAGGUGCCAGAACUGAUCAGAGGGAGCGAAACUGGUUUGGUUGAGAAUUUGGUUGAGCGAUGUCGAGUUAAUUUGAUCAGCAAACCUGUCCCCCCAAAACCAGUUCGGGCGUCGGAUUUGGAAGGCCAGCCCCUCCUUGAAAUUUUCACUGUUCACACCAACUUAUGCAUGGUCAACACCAUUGGAAUAUAUGAUGAUCGGGGUGGUGUUCUUAUCUACAAGCACAAGACCGGAGAAAAGGAGAGAUUUAUUAAGAAAAGAAAUUGUUGGCUGUCAAAGCAUAUAGGAAGAGACCCGUAUGAUUUUAUAGUUAAACUUAUUCUCACUGACCCGAGCCGUGUCCUGUCUGCUCAUGCGGAGGGCUGGCUCAUUGAAGCGGAUGUGCCCCCUGAAUCCUCUUUGCAGCCUAGAACAUCUGCAACUAAGGAAACACCUGGGGGAGUAUUCAAAAUGUAUUUAGAUUUGGAUGAGGACUUCCUUGAUGAACCAAAGACUACUAUCAUUUUCCCCAGAGAGGGAUUUGUUCAUCUCACCUAUGUGGUUUUCAGUAAUGCAGUCCGGUCUUCAGUUAAAUUCAUACUCCAUGCUCGUCCCCAAGAAAAUCUCCAGUUUCUUUCUAACAGUAAAGUGCAGGGUGAGCUGACACUACAGGUAGAAAAUUUUCCCAUCGGAUGCACUAUUUUCAUAAAGCAAGUCGAGGAUGAUGCCGUGCAUUUCACACCAUGCGAGGGCUUGAGAGACAAUUGUCUAGCAUUCAAGCUCCCUUUAACUCGACGUGUUCUUGCCUUACCUGUUGGGUCUCUUGUGACUGUUAAGGGGACUUUGAUGGUAGGGAGUGAUAUGGAAAUGGUCGUAGACCAGUCUAUCUCGCUCAAAGGUAGUACUGCCAAGGCUGAAUGGUCGGUGGGUCAGUUUUUCGAAGCUACUAUAUGCAUCACGUCAAGUUCUUACUACCACUACUACUAG